CGACAGACCAUCCUGUCCCGCUCGCCCUUUCACUCUCCCCGAACCACAGUGGCAUCCGCACGCCUGUCCAACCUCUCCUCGCACUUCUCCACAACAAGCCCCAAGAUGUCGACCGAGACCAAAGAGUGUGAUUACCUGGUUAUUGGCAUCGGUAGCGGUGGCAUUGCCUCGGCUCGACGAGCCGCCAAACAUGGCGCAAAAGUCAUUGCCAUUGAAUCCAAACGAUACGGCGGCACCUGCGUAAAUGUCGGCUGUGUGCCCAAGAAGGUCACCUGGAAUGCAGCAGCAAUUGCAGAGACCUUCAGGGACGCGCGCUCGUACGGCUUCCAGAUUGGCGAGGUACCAGACUUUGACUGGCCGUACUUCAAGAAGAAGCGGGACGACUACGUCACACGUCUGAACGGCAUCUACGAGAACAAUCUGAACAAGGAUGGAAUCGAGCACAUCCGGGGACGUGCAAAGUUUGUCGCAACGGACGAGGUCGAGGUUGCGUUGAAUGAAGGGGGCACUCAGCGCAUCAAGGCCAAGCACAUUCUCAUUGCGACUGGCGGACGACCAAAGCUCCCUGAUAUCCCCGGAAAGGAACUCUGCAUCGACAGCGACGGGUUCUUCGAGCUCGAGAAGCAGCCAAAGAGUAUCGCAACAAGCGGCGCAGGAUACAUUGGUGUCGAGAUGACCGGCAUGCUCCACGCUCUUGGCUCGAAAACGCACUUCUUCAUCCGUGGCCAAACGAUGCUCCGAAGCUUUGAUCCCAUGAUCCAGGAUGUCGUAACCCAAGAGUAUGAGCGUCAAGGCAUCAACCUGUACAAGGGAUCACAGAUCACAAAGGUGGAGGACAUUGGAAAGGGAAUGAAGCGUGUCACCUACCAAGAGACUGAGACCAAGAACGAAUCCUUUAUCGAGGUGGAUACCGUUCUUUUCGCCACUGGACGUGUGCCUGAAAUCGAAGACCUCAAGAUCAAGGACUUCGGUAUCAAGCUCAACGAGAAGAACCACAUUGUCACUGACGAGUUCCAAAACACGUCUAUCCCCAACAUCUACGCUAUCGGCGAUGUCUGCGACCGUGGCUUUGAGCUCACGCCUGUUGCCAUUGCUGCUGGCCGCCGCCUGUCGGAGCGCCUCUUCAACAACCAGCCCAACUCGCGCCUUGAGUACGAGAACAUUCCUUCGGUCGUCUUUGCUCACCCCGAAAUUGGCUCUAUUGGCCUGACGGAGCCCGAGGCCCGCGAAAAGUACGACGACAAGAUUAAGAUUUACAAGACCGAGUUCAAGGCCAUGUAUUUUGCCAUGAUGGACCCAGAGCACAAGCAGCCCACGGCAUACAAGAUUAUCUGUGUAGGCCCAGAGGAGAAGGUCGUCGGUCUGCAUAUCCUUGGCCAGGGCAGCAGUGAAAUUCUGCAAGGAUUCGGCGUGGCGAUUAAGAUGGGUGCCACGAAGAAGGAUUUUGAUAACUGCGUGGCCAUCCACCCGGUUUCCGCAGAGGAACUCGUCACCAUGACCUAGAAGCUUUUGGAAUCGUUACAAAUCAGACAUGCAACUACAUGGUCCCUUGACGCACGUAGUCAGCACCUGGCAUGCUUAGCAUAGAGUAAACAUGGAAUGAUUACAAUAGACGAAAGAAAUGGCACUAUGUUACAC